GUGGAAAAGGGAGAUGAUGUUGAGAUGGAGCAGGUGAACGACCCCGACAAGGAAGAGCAAGAUGUCAUCGACAAAGUGAAGAUGGACGAGGUGAAGACUGCACUACAGUCUCAGAUCGAGCCUGACGAUGAUGAAGAAGAAAUCAGCCAAGAGCACAUCGAGGACCUCAAGAAGAAGAGCUCAGAAUCGAGAAAGGAAGAGAGUCAAGAAAUAUCCACUCCAUCCUAUGACGCCGACGAAGUCGACUACGAAC